AUGCUCGUCAACAAGACCCUCGCUCGGGGCGACACAGUCAUGCUCAAGACGCCAGUUCUCCUCGCCCACCGCGCCUUCAUCGAACGCACGCCAGCAGCAGACCGGCACUUCCUCCUCGACAGCGUGACGAGCUUCCUACCAGCUGCAACACGCAAGACCUUCCUCGGCCAGAUGGGACACUUUGGCGGCCACAAGGUCAGCGACAUCAUGGCGACCAACUCGUUCCAGAUGGACCUUGGCGGUGGUGUGCACGGCGACGGCCACCACUACGGCAACUUCCCCGAGGUGUCGCGGUACAACCACGACUGCCGUCCCAACGUCGCCUUCCGCAUCGACGGCCUGCGCCACCGCACCACCGUCGUCAGGCCGGUCAAACCCGGCGAGGAGCUGACGAUAUCGUACCUCGACCAGCUCGGCGUCCGCUCCGUGCGGCAGCACCGCGCCAAGAGGGCGUGGGGCUUCGAGUGCGGGUGCUCUCAAUGCAGUCUGCCUAAGAAGCUUGCCACGGCGUCGGAUCAGCGGCUGAUGGAGAUGGAGGAGCUGGAGAGGCAGCUCUCUGAUAUCGGAGCGAGGGCGACGGUGGCUAUGGUGGAGAGAUUCUUGAAGUUGCAUAAGGAGGAGAGGCUGGAGUCGAAGCUGGCGGGAGCGUAUACGACUGCGGCGCUCAACUUUAAUCUGCUUGGGAGGAAUAAGCUGGCUGUCAAGUAUGCCAAGCUAGCUGUUGAGGCGGGUACGAUUGAGAGCGGGCCGGAGACGGGGGAUGUUGAGGCGAUGAGGGAGUUGGCGGCGGAUCCGAAGAAGCACUUUACUUGGAGAGGGAGGCUUGGAUGA